AUGGCAUCCGCAGACGACUUCACGCUCAUCGAGAACGAAAGCCCGCAUAACCCGCCGCAGCUGUUUCCCGACUAUCGGCAAUUGCUGAACGGCAAGGGCUUCGAUCCCGACGUCCAAGUCGUCACGGCUUUGCGAGAGAAACACCCAGAGUUGACUGUUACGAGCGUGCCCGGCAACAAUGUCAAUCUUCUUCAAUUUGCCGCGGCGGGCUACGCUCAAGCUGAAUUAGACAAUGACACCGAACCUGUCAUCCGCUGGACAGGCUUUGUAGGGCCAGAUCACAGAGGCGGAUCAGGUCAUCUUACCGACAUCACCUUCUACGGGAGGUACAAGUAUACCUGGAACAAUGAGCAAUUUAUUCUGUACACAAUCGUCUAUGGAUUGUCCUCGGUUCAGUACAUUUUGAAGGAACCCACCGGUAGCGAGACUGCAACUUCGCACUCAUCGGUAGUUAAUCGGCUUCUGUCCACGAUUGGGGCCUGGCUCAUCAAGGAAGAGCCAGCCAUCUACGUCUACGACAAUUUCUGGGAGCGAUCGACCAAGCUCUGGGACGAAGUGAAGAAGGCGAAGUGGGAGGAUGUGAUCCUUGAUCCCAAGAUGAAGAAGGCUUUGACCGAAGUUGCGAACAAGUUUUUCGAUAACGAAGACAUUUAUCGCGAAUACGGCGUGCCAUGGAAACGCGGUCUGAUCUUUCACGGCCCUGUGGGCAACGGCAAGACGAUUUCCCUGAAAGCUCUCAUGCAUACGGUCCAGGAGCGCAAACAACCAGUGGUGACCUUGUACGUGAAGAGUGCACCCUAUCCCUGGAGUAUUAGACAGGUCUUUAUGAUGGCGAGAUCCAUGACACCUUGUAUGUUGGUGCUGGAGGACAUCGACACCAUCGUGACCAAAAGUACACGAAGCUACUUCUUCAACGAGGUGGACGGGCUGGAGAACAAUGACGGCAUUCUCAUGAUCGCAACGACAAACCACCUGGACGAGCUGGAUCCGGGCCUCUCCAAGCGACCUUCACGAUUCGACCGCAAGUAUCUGUUCCCGCUGCCGAACAAGGGCGAGAGAACCCAAUAUGCACAAUACUGGAGAAACAAGCUGAAGAACAAGAAGAGCAUUGAAUUCCCAAGCAAACUGUGUGAGGCGAUUGCAGGCAUCACUGACGACUUCUCCUUCGCAUACUUGAAGGAAGCUUUCGUAGCGACUCUUCUCGAGUUGGCGCGGACCCACGACGGAGACGAUGAGGACGAUGAAUCUGUCAAGAUUGGAGCAAGCGACGAAGACGAAGACCCGCUUGACAAAUACGAGUUUUGGCGAGCGUUCAAGGCGCAAGUCAAGGUUCUGCGCAAUGAGAUGGGCGAUGAUGGGGGAGACGGUGACGAGGGUCCUGAUCCCCAACCCCGUAUCUUCGAUGAGGGAAUUUCUGCUCUUGAAUACGAAGGAAUGACGCCCAUGCUCGAAAAGAUGAGGCUGCAGGGCAGUGGGAACAAGGCAGCCUUGCCGCAGGGUGCUUACCCAGGGCGACAGCUCGCUUCUGCGGCACGCAGUCCUAUUGACGGAUUUGCCCCGCUUGCGCGGAACAAGUCUGCGGGCGUGUGGGAGUGGGGCGUGUAG